GAAUGCGUUUUACUGCGUUGGUGUCCUCGAAAAUAACGCGCAUUGUACAGUGUACCUUAUACUAGUGUUUACUACUACAGGGACCAAAGCAGCAUUUUGCAAACACAAUAUAAUAAACUAUCGGCAGUUUUAUGGACAUGAACUACACGUCACUCUUCUGCUUUGACUAAUUUACGAGGUGCGGGUGGAUGAGAGAGCGUGGUUGGACGUGCGUACAGAUUACUGUGUAGAAUUGUACAAAUCCGGCGAAUAAUGAUGAUAAGAAGUUGUGUUAGAUCAAGUGCCAACAAAUCAAGUUCAAACAAACCGCGAUUGUCUCAUUGAUACGCUUCACCGGUCUCUGUCUGCUGAUGAUGCUUCGAGUAAUGAGUUGCGUGGCUGAUGAGCAAACAGAAGAACAUGAAGAUGAUAAAUUCAAGCGGCAGGGUGCCAAAGAUUCAAGAACGAAAAGUGCUUGAUGAUGAAUAAUUUUGUUUUGUGUUGAAAAUUACAAUGAAUUCCGAACGUUUAUCUACGCGAUUCAAAAUGAAUUCCAAAAGUUUAUUGUUGACCAAACAGUCCACUAGAAUCUAAGCCUAACAGUUGCCGGAUUUAGCGAGAGCAAAUCUACUUUAGCAGAAGACUGAAUAGUCUUGUUUCGAAGUAAAUUUAUACCUAAAUAAAAAACAAAUAAUAACCAGAUCAAUCUUCAAAAAAUCUUCACAUUGCACGUACGAAGCGAAAAUCCAAUAACAACUACUGUUCAGUUUCUAAACAUUCCAAAAGUAUUUUCAAUUAUUCAGUCACUUGCGGAUCAAAUUAUCAUUGACCGGUGCUAGACAAACGUGACCACGAAGAGAGUUUUGUUGAAAUUUGGCAUUUCCCGUCUAUGUUUAUAGAUAACCAUUCGCCUCCAUCAUAGUGCACCCCACAAUGACGACCCCCAGUUAUUUGCGUUUUCCGCCAGAAAUAAAAUGAGUUAGUUUUACUUGUAACGAGACACGAUACGAAACAACAAUGUUCUAAUGAAAUUAAUUUAAUUGUGUUUAAUAGUGUUCUAGGAAUCUAGAGGGUAUAUAUCGAUUUAAAUGUGACUAGUGUGGUUCAAAGUGUUUUAGAAAGUCACUCGCUAAAUUUAAAAAAACACCUUGUGCAAGAAUGCCAGUGCACUUCAAACAGAAAAAAACAGAAGCCGACAAAGAAAAACACUUCAAAUAUGUUGGACAGUGAAGGCAGAGCAAUGGAAUUAGAAGAAUUAAUCGAGACCACAACGGUGCGGGUGUUCGCUGAUCGCGUUACUGUUAUCAACGGCGAUCUCUUCAUAUGGGCCAUCAUCGAUGGAGUGCUUAUGAUUUGCAUCCUGAGCGGCAACAUCCUAACGAUCUUAGCCGUUCGCUAUCACCGUCGGUUGCGGCAGCUGCUCUCGAAUCUGUUUGUACUAUCGUUGGCCUUGUCGGACAUAUUCGUGGGACUCACACUGCCAUAUCAUCUGGCUUUCUACAUGGGCAACGAAUUGGGUCACCAUAAGCACUUCUGUCUACUUCGGUUCUUCGUCCUGAUUAUCGCAUGUGGCGUGUCCAUUUGGAAUCUGAUUGCAAUUGCCGUCGACAGAUACAUUGCUAUUUGCUAUCCACUGCACUAUGCUCGUGUAAUGACGAAAAAGGUGGCCUUAGCAAUACUAGCGUUCGGCUGGAUCCUGGCGUUUUUUGUGGGUAGCCUUCCACUGAUCUGGAACAAGUGGGAAACCGCCAUGGAGUGCGAGUUCGAUGAGCUUCUGUAUCCGUGGUACGUAGCAGGUGUAAUAACGCCACUCUUCACACUCGUGUGGGUUUGUUUGCUUAUCGUUUACUGGCGAAUAUGGCGCGAAGCAGCCAAACACGCCAAGCAGCUUCGAGCACACAAUUCUCAAGAAUCGUUCUCGGAUUGGAAGUCUGUACAGGUCGUUCUACUCAUAAUAGGCUGCUUCACCUUAUGUUGGUUGCCAUACUUUAUCGUAAUACUAACUCAGAUAUUUAACUUUUUUGAUUACAAUUCGCCGAUAUUGUACAAAGCGGUGUUCUCUCUGGCAAUGGCUAAUUCAAUGAUGAAUCCCAUUAUUUACGCAUGGAAAAACACAAGUUUUCGUCAUGCAUUUUCAAAACUUCUAACGUGUCGAAAACCAGAUCAAUUCGACGGUCCGCAGACCGGCGACAGCCCAAGAGGAAAAUCAUCCAAAAUGGGCAACUCACGAAUCAACACGGAAGACCUUCGAUGUCGUGGUACCAACACAUCUACCUCCCGAAUAAGUCAAGCAAGUACGGAAACGGUUACGCAUGGAAACGAACACGAUAUAACGUACAUCUCAACAAUUCACGAUGAAUCUAAUCAAAGCCACACUGUUCAGUUGUCGCUCGGAGGGACGAAUGAUACCAAUUGUUCCUCGGCUGUAGGACCAACCAGCAUCACGACGCAUAUAAUAAAAGGAAAUGUGAUAAUCAAUAAUUAUAAUUUGUAUGAAAGUUUUUUAGAUGUUAGAAAUGAGAAUCGAACUAAUUGUUCAGUUUCGAAUAACAGUUCUUUUAGAGAUACGACAUCACAGAAGAAACAGACUGAUGAGAUAAAUGGGAAGUAUCGAACAAAUAAUUGUGAAGCAGGCUUAGGUAUUAAUAACCCUAGUUUUCAAGAGGAUGUUACAAAAUUAUAGGUAAAUAAGUAAGAGGGGUUCAGGAAUAUGUACAAAUUUCUCUGUAAAGGAUAACAAAAUAAGUUACUAGAUACGAGAAAGGACAUAAUAAAGCUAUUGUUUUAUAAAGAAAUUCUUACAUGCCGGAAUGGGUUAUUGGAGAUACAAAGGAAUGAUUAACAAUUAUUACAAUUUUUCAAGCUUAGAUAAAUUUUCGUGGUUGCACUACAAAAAUCUACCUUUACUUGUUUCCCAAUUAGGUUAGUCAAAACUUCUCAAAUUAGGUGGUAUCGCAAUUUCGAUGGAAGAUCCAAUUUUUGUGGUAGUAUUUGGCAUUGCAAAACCGAAUCCAGGUGUGUUAACAGAAUCGAAAUGGUGAGUUAAGCGAAAGCAAUUAUGCAAAAAAAUAUCUCCCCAGAUGCCGGAUUCAAACCUGCAACC